GAUGGGGGGGGGGGGGGGGGGUAGCAGGAGCGCUUUGACAGUUUAUAUGGCACAGCCCAUGUCCGAUUUCAUUGCCUAUAAAGGGAUUAUAGACCAUGGGUUCAGGUUAUUUGUGGAGGGAAGAUGAAUUUUUUCUGUCUCUCUGAACGUCAUAUCACCGCCGGCCGAGCCCUUGGUCGAGGGCAAUUUAUAUUUUUCUGGCCCGAGGAAAAUAUGUAGUAUCGCAUUCCGAGGGGCAGAAAACUUCAUACUGAAAAUGUAGCCACGUGUCUCAAACUCCUUGAGGGACAUCUUCGUACGACGUAUAGUAUUUUCAGUUAAAUUUCCGUAGCGCUUUAUUUUCGCGACUAUUGCAAUCGCGGUAAAGGCGAAUGUCUUCCUGAUCAUAGUAAUCGAGAUGGUCGGGACCAACUAGCAUCAGGGACUAACAUGGGUCGCCCACAUUCGUAUUCCAAGGGGCAAGGGGAGCGGACAGGGGAGUCAUUGCUAUCAUUGCGGUCCUGACUUUCCUUUAGUAUGGUGGUGCUCAAACCUCGAACGGAUUGGGAAACCAUUCAUAAGAGUGGUCUCACUGCCAGCGCAAAACGCGAGAUGGCGCGACCGCGUUUUAGCCGUUUUAUGACGUCAUCAGCAGAGCGCGAACAACGACGUCACCGCAAAAGCUUCCCUAGUUACGAUUCGACGCCUGGUGCAUGCAUUUCCACACAAUCUUCCAUGAGGAGAUAACCGCACAAGUUUUAAAAGGAACUUCGAAUAUAUUAUACAGAGGACUUGACAGCCGUGAAUAAUUCAAAAUGCCUAUGCCAAAACAUGGAAAGAGUAUUCUGAUGACACCAGACCCGUACCAUACCCCAGGAUAUGGUGGAUUCUGUCCUCAGUUCAAAUUCCAAAUCGGCGAAACUUUCGGCCGCACCACAUCUCGUCUUUUGAAGGACCCAAAGGUGGUCAGUUCUGGCCAACUGGUGCUAGCUGACAACAGGUUCGGCGGCCCACAUACAAGCCUUGGUGAACCAAAUAUCAAUUAUGGUGAAAAGGUGUCCUUGAUCAAAAGAAGGACGCAGAACUAUGGAAGUCAGAAAUUGAAAGAAACGAUGGUGCCAGGAUAUACAGGUUUUAUCCCAAAAAGUCAGCAUUAUUUUGGCAAGCGAUAUGCCGAGAAUUGCCUCAACUCAAUCGUGGACUUUGAACAGGACCAGAUUAAACGUCGAGAUGCCAGAUCAAGUGUGUCAAUGGGAGGGGAAGGAGGUCCAAUGGGUGGCAGUCACCAGCCACAUCCACCCCUCCAAGCCAAGGCAAAGGAGGCCAAGCCAUAUAUCUCCGUCGACGCUCACCAUCACUCCAUGUCUCCAUACUAUAUGAAUAACAAUAACCCAAAGAAGUCAUUCAUGUCAGGAUAUACUGGUUUUGUACCAAGAGCAAGAGGCCUGAUUGGCAAGAGCUAUCCCUUGAUCACCCAUCAAGCUCUGAAUGACUUCUCAACCGAUCUAACCAAGUUCAACAUGCUCACCCGAGAACCUGUUCGUAUCCAGAGGCAGCAGAGUCAGAAAAUGGACCAUUCACAGAUUUAUCCAGUUUUCUCUGGGAUGGUGCCACAUUAUACAGGACAUAUUCCUGGCCAGAAAUUCCGCUACGGAAACACAUUCGGAAACAGCACCGAGAAUGCUCUGAGUUCGACAGCCGUUGGACUAUCUGCUGCUCAAGCUUGUGCAUAGAGGAUCGCAAGAACUUGCAAAAACUUUUCAAAUAUUUUACCUCUCCCGUAAUCUUUGACAAUAUUUUUUGCCAUCUCCAGUUCCGACACGUCCAAUGCAAAACUUUUUUGAUGCAUGCAAGGAACGGGAAUAUCCAUAAAGAGAGAAUCUUAACAAAGUACAAAGUAGUGAAUAAAUUUAAGCGUUUAAAAAGGAAUAUCUUCAGAUCAUUCCCUGAUCUCAUUUUUUCCAUACCAAAUUUUUUAAGGCAAUUUUUGUUGACCUCUGUCUGAAAAUAAUAAAACAGUGGCAGCCACCCUUUUCUCGGGGUAGAGAGUUUCUUCCAGCAAAAUGGAAGGGCAGGGAUUUCGAAAAUUAGAAAAGAAAAGGGCGGCGUGAACUGAGAAAAAGAGCAGCGUCAGCUCCCUUCUGUACAAAAUGCAUAAGCUUUUCUGAAAACAGAUAGGGAGAACUUUUAAAGGGUGCAGGGUGCAGUGACCUUUUAGUUUCAUCUGGAAGAACGUUAGGGUCGUUCUCUACAAGACCAAUACAACAUAUUUUGCUGAUUUAGUUAGAGAAUUUAUAGCGUAUGUACCUGGUCAUUUCACCAAACAAGAGCUAGAAACACCUCUAUAUUUUAACCCCAAUGCACAUAAUAAAUUCUGGCUACUUUCAAGGUGGAAUGACCCUUAAAAACUGUGAUAACUCUGUGAUAAUGGCAUUUCAAUUGCACAUUACGAAAACUAAUCUAACCACUUCACUACAGGACACACUUUGACAUUAUUAUUAGGUCGACUAUGGCUUUCUACACCACCAAUGGCAGCAAUGACCGAACACCAUGCUGUCUUUCAUGCAUCAUAUUACACUGCGUCAUGACGACGCAAUAUCAAAAUUUCGGUCUACCCGAGCGUGUGCUUCCCUCGUUUGACCAAAUUUCGGAGGAGUGAAGUGGUUAGAGCUCAAAGAACAAAACAGUAUUAAAUAAGGUUGGCUUGGGUUUGUGAACCUUUGCUGCAGCAGCCAUUUUCAGUUGGUGCCAGGUCAUUGUAUAGCAGUGGAUACCAAAGCUGAACAGGCAAAUACUCAAAAGCAUAACAAUUUAUAGUACCAGUACAUGUAUUUGGCAUGUUUUUCGAGACACUGCAGCGAAGUACCGAUGUUUUCCUGGUGUGCAAUCAUUGUUGUACAAACCCUUCAUCAUAAUGCAACUCAUAUGUGUAAAU